AUGGAAAAGUGGGAGAAAACGGGACAAAUUGGAGGUGCUGCUGCUGCUGCUGCUGCUACUCCCCUGUUUGCGUUUCAGAUGGAUAUAGUUGGUCCUCGAAAAAAUUGGAAAGACACAGUCAACCAAACGCAGUUUCGCGCCAAACUGAAGCAACUACGCAACGCAGUGGACGGAGAUGAUAUUGGGGUGGAGAUAAUGAACGCCUUACAGGUGGUCAUAGAGGAAGAAUUGCGCAGAGAAAAAAGAAAUGACAACGAUUUUGUCAGUUUCAGUAUUUUAGCCCAAGGCUUCAACCAUGCCUAUCAGAGUAUAAAUUUUACGGUAAAAGAAUUUUUACAAGGGUCCUUGCGAUUAGAUGAACUUUUGGAACAGUUGGCGGGAAAAUUAAAUAGCAAUGAGUCCUUUCAGCACAAUCAAUCAUUUGAAGUCAAUGUGGUAUUUGUCAAGACACCGCAACGUGGUAGUGGUAAAAAAAACAGAAACCCGGGUAUGCGAUGUCUAGAUAAUGAGAAUAAACGUAAACGAUGUAUAAUUCCUAUCAGAAAUAAUGACAAUUUAUGUUGUCCCAGAGCAAUUGUUACCAUGAUUGCUCAUUGUAGACGAGAGGAGUCCAAUGAUGCCUCAUUUCAUUGGCGCUACAUGAAAGAGGGAAAGGCGGUUCAGGAACAUGCUGCCCGUGAACUUUGCCAACAGGCUGGUGUAAAUCCUGGCCCGUGUGGAUGGGACGAAUUGCACAAAUUCCAAGAAUAUUUAAAACCGACGUAUCAAUUAAUAGCUAUGUGCCGAACAAAACCCUUCUUUCCCAUAUACAAGGGUCCGCCUGCCUCAAAGCAAAUUUGCUUACUAAAAUCAGAUGAUCAUUACGACGGAUGUACCUCGUUCUCUGCCUUUGUAAACAGGUCUUACUGGUGCUCGCUAUGCAAUAGAGGUUUUAAUGUGAACGAUGCCAAGAACCACCCGUGUGAAGGGCGCUCCUGCCAUUCGUGCAACCGAACAGAUUGUCCCGAUUACAAACGAGAUGGACAAGCCACAAACAUCUGUGAUUGGUGCAAUUGCCGCUUUUAUGGUGACAAUUGUUUUCAGCAUCACCUCACGACAAAGCAAUGUCAGACCCAUAAGACGUGUCUGAAAUGUUAUGCCGAAUAUCAUGUUAUCAAAGGCAAGCGUCAUCGGUGUGGAUUUACCACAUGCCCUUCUUGCAAGCAAGUGGUACACAUGCAAAGCCACAAGUGCUUUAUACAGCCUCACGUAGAGAAAGAAUCCCAACCCCAAAUGGAUGAAGAAGGAAACGAAAAACAGCCACUUCCUCCACCCUUGUACAUUUGGUCGGAUAUAGAGGCCAUGCAAAUGGCCAACCGAGAAUUUCAACCAAUAAUGAUUUGUUACAAGACCAGUGAAAGCGAGAACAUUGUCACCCACAAAGGAAAGGACUGUGUUUGUACGUUUCUGCAUGACUUGGAUGAAGCCACGGACAUACCAAACGAUGACCGUGAUAGACAGGUUAUUGUCAUAUUCCACAACCUCAAAGGGUUUGAUGGUGUAUUUCUUAUCAAUGAACUGUACAAGCAAAAGCGUACCGUCGAAAAUCAGCUAACCAUCGGUUGCAAAGUGCUGGCAUUUCAGAGCGGCUCUCUCAUGUUCAAAGACUCGCUAUGUUUCAUACCAUUUCCGCUAGCCGCUUUUCCGGCCACUUUCAACUUACAAGAACUCAAAAAAGGGUUUUUUCCACAUGCAUUUAACCUUCCCCACCACCAAGACUAUGUGGGCCAAAUACCAAGUAUCGAGUUUUUCGACCCCGAAGGAAUGAGUGACAAGAAAAAGAAUGAGCUUGAACAGUGGCACGCAAAGCAAGUACGAGAUAAUGUGCAAUAUGACUUUCAAAAAGAAAUGCAAGAAUAUUGUGCAUCUGAUGUGCAGUUAUUACAGGCCGGUUGUGAAGCGUUUGCCGCCGAAUUUGAGACAGUAGUAGGGUUCAACCCCUUUUCUAAAUGCGUGACCAUCGCGUCAGCAUGUCAUUUGUAUUGGCGCAAACAUUGUCUUGAAGAAGAUACGAUUGCUAUAGAACCACUAAAAGGCUGGAGGGGGGGAAAUGUGAACCAUUCGGCCAAAGCUUUACAGUGGCUUUAUUACGAGGAAGAUCGUAUCCCAAAAAAAGGUGUCAGUGCAGACAGAAUUAAACAUGCCAGAAAUGGAGGGGAACAGCGUGUCACAACACCAACAGAUUCCUACUUUGUUGACGGAUUCAAUCCUGCAAGCAACAUGAUUUAUGAAUUUAAUGGGUGCUUCUGGCACGGCUGCAAAACCUGUCACAGCAACAAUCGACACUGUAAGCAUGCAACAAAUCCCGACCGAACCAUGGAAGAAUUGUACAGAGCGACUCUUGCUAAGGAAGAUGCGCUAAGAACAGCAGGCUAUGAAGUUAAUGUGAUGUGGGAAUGCCAAUGGGAUGAGUUAUGCAAGACCAAUCCUUUUGUCAAGAACUUCAUAUCCGACCUAAAAUUGGUGGAACCUCUCGAACCUAGACAAGCAUUUUUUGGGGGCAGAACGGGAGCGGUCGCGCUGCAUGCCAUAGCUCAAGCAAAUGAACAAAUCAGAUAUAUUGAUUUUACAUCGUUAUAUCCAUGGGUGAACAAGAACGCAUCCUAUCCGAUAGGCCAUCCCUCGAUCUUCACCAACCCGCGCAGUCAAAACAUCGAAGAUUAUUUUGGGCUGGCCACCAUAGAUAUCGUUCCACCCGCGGGUUUAUUCCACCCAGUCCUGCCCGUCAGAAGUGGGAAUAAGCUCACCUUCCCACUUUGCAGUACGUGUGUCAAAAUAGAGCAAAUGAAACCCAUGCUGUCGAGAAGUAGUACUUGCUGCCACACGAUCGAAGAACGAACCUUAAGAGGGACAUGGUGCACUCCCGAAAUCCAGAAAGCAGUGGAAAAGGGCUACAAAAUUAUCAAAAUUUAUGAAGUAUGGCACUUUGCCCCAAACCAGCGACGAGAGGGAUUGUUUGGAAAAUACGUGAACACGUUUCUAAAAUUAAAACAAGAAGCGAGCGGUUGGCCAGUGGAAGUGGGAGAUGACCCUGAAAAACGUCAAGAUUACAUUGCGAAUUAUCUCCGACAUGAGAACAUUCAAUUACACCCCGACAACAUUGAGAAAAAUCCAGGCAAACGAACUCUCGCAAAACUAAUGAUGAAUUCAUUUUGGGGCAAGUUUGGGGAAAGGCAGAAUAAACCCAAAACAGUCACCAUCAUGCAACCAUCGCAGUUGUACCCCUAUUUGUUCUUGGACAAUUUCUCACUACGAAAUCUGCGCAUCUGCACGGACGAUGUCCUCGAGGCAGUGUUUACGGAAGUGCAAGGUAACAUAGUACCUAGCAACAAAACCAAUAUUUUUGUGGCCAGCUUCACCACUGCCUGGGCCAGAUUACGUUUGUACGAAGCUUUGGACAUAAUGCAAGAGCAGGUACUUUAUUAUGACACGGACUCCGUGAUUUACAAAUGGAAACCCAAUGGGCCAGAAUUACCUCUGGGGCAAUACUUGGGACAAUUCACCAAUGAAUUGGACGAUCCGAGUGAUUACAUUACAGAGUUUGUUAGCGGUGGAGCUAAAAAUUAUGGCUACAGAACUCACAAAGGAAAAACAGAAUGUAAAGUGCGUGGAUUCACCCUGAAUGUGCGAGCCAAAGAGGUCCUCAAUUUUGAGACAUUGAAAAAAAACAUUCUCAGCGAACUUGAUGACCCACAGGAAGAAAGACGUGUUAUCAACGUAAUAAAUCCCAACCAUUUCAAAAGAGACAGCACAAACAAGUCAAUAAAACUUGUAAAACAAGUAAAGCAAUACGGCCUUGUCUUUGACAAGAGGGUGAUUGAUCCGGAAACUAAAAUUAGCUAUCCCUUUGGGUACAACAGAGUGUUAACAGAACCCGAUAAACAGUGA